UCAGUUAUAACAGGGGAGAGCGUCGACGGAAGAAGCAGAGGAGCGCGCUCUCUCAACCAAAACCAGGGGAGGCACGGAGGUGAAGACGACGACGGCAACGUAGUCGGAGCAUCGGGGCUCCUGUCCGAGAAGCUCCGGCGGUCGCAUACGGAGCAAAAAGUUAGACUUUGGAGCUACAAAAAGUUGGAAAAAAGAGGAAUAGGAGGAAAUAUUUGGGCAUGAUGCACUGUGAAGAAGCUUGAGGGUUUGUUAUAGAAUGUUUGGCGGGUCAAAUCUCAUGGAUUGAAGUUGAAACCGUUCAAGGUAGAUAGAAACCAUGUGGAUCAUCUCGUCAUGUGAGGUGAAAUCAUCUCUUGUAUAGAGUGUGGUAUAGGAGGCUGGCCUUGGCUUAUUGGAUCUAAUUAUGGAAAAAGCUUAUCUUAUUUUAGGAUGUGGACAUGUUUUGUGGACUUUAUAAACUGUGAUGCUGGAUGCAUUGGCAAAGGAACAGUUACAUGCUAGAAAAGACCUUUUUAAGUAUAUAAGCUAGCCCUUCGAGUAGCUCUAGUAUUUUGAAGGAUUGUUGAUGUCUACAAACUUUAUAAUGUAAUGAAGGCCAGAUUCGAACCUAGAAAAGGAGUUUUUAAGUGGGUACACCAUAUCGAUGUUGUCGCUUUAACAUGCAACUUUUAUAGCAUGUCAUAUGGUGGUGGAUGUGACAGACACUGUUCAGUGACCCCAUGUAUGAUCUAAGUAGACUUCCAUAGACAUGUUGAGACAGAUGAUAUUGCUGAAGAAAGUCGAGAAAUACUUUCUCCAUAGUGGGUUUGAUAGUGCAGGGAUCCUCCAAUGCAUUUAAACCCUAGUGAAGAAAGUGUUAUUUCUCAGACCAAAUAACUAAUUCAAGCAAACCGAAAAUGUUGAUGUUAGUCUAAGUCCAUCUGCAGUCAGUCCUAAUAGACUGCUCAUAGCAACACACGGUGCCUUGCCAUCCACAGAAAAGCUUGCCCAAAAUGAAAUAGCCAAACUAGGAAUCAAAGUAGACCGGGUAUAUUUCAUUUUGGGCAAUCAUUUCGGCCUGUAAUGUGGCGCCGUGUGUUGUUAUGGGCUAUGUGCGAGGAGUAACUACAUCAACAUUCUCAGUCCCUUAGAAUGAAAAAAGACACAAAAACCAAGUAAAAAAUACUUGUUAUUUCUGGUUUGACGGGGGAUAUCAUUUCCUGGGUUGGACAAGGCCCAAGAGUGCCAGUGUAAAUUUGGGGAAUGCAGUCGUCUCACUAUAUUUGGCAAACUUCGUUUUAUCAUCUCCUUUUUCUUUUAGUGGAACCAUCCAACUUUAGAUGAGGAAAUGAGAUCGACCAUUAAAGAUUUCCUGAUGAGCACACACGAUUCUGAACAUGGACACAUCAUCGAAGUGUGUGGAGAUGUGUCAGCCAUGGAAACGAGCCAGGUUGGUAGUAAGGUAUGCGCAGAGGCACCUUGUGGUUUUUCAGACGCUAGAAAUAGUUCGAAAGAUGCAAGAGAGAGGUCAACCUCGAUGAAGAAACUUUUGAUUGUGGUUGUGCUUUGUGUUAUCUUCAUGAGCGUAGAAGUAGUUGGUGGUAUUGAAGCCAACAGUCUUGCCAUUCUCACGGAUGCGGCGCAUUUGCUGUCGGAUGUUGCUUCAUUUGCAAUAUCCUUAUUCUCUCUUUGGGCAUCAGGUUGGGAGGCAACUCCACGCCAGUCUUAUGGCUUCUUCCGAAUUGAAGUUCUUGGUGCACUUGUCUCCAUCCAGAUUAUAUGGCUACUUGCUGGGAUUCUUGUGUAUGAAGCAAUAGAUAGACUAAUUAACGGUACCACCGAAGUUCAUGGCUUUCUCAUGUUCAUUAUUGCUGCAUUUGGUCUUCUCGUGAAUAUUGCGAUGGCGCUCUUACUGGGUCAUGAUCACAGUCACGGUCACGGUCACGGUGACCACGGUCAUGGACAUAGUCAUGGGCAUGAUGAAGAUGAUGCACAUGGACAUAGUGAUCAUGCUCAUAGCCACGAGGAUCAUGGUGAUUUGCAUACUCAUGGAUUCACUAUCAAGAAACAUCACCAUCAUCAUCACGGAGAAGGUUCUAAAGGACAUGCUGAUCAGCAUCGCAGCCACGAAACAGAUCAAACCGAGCCUCUUCUGCAGACUUGCUCGGAAGCCGAAGGUGACUCAGAACCUGGAACCAAACAGAAGCAGCGACGCAAUAUUAACAUACAAGCUGCUUAUCUUCAUGUACUUGGGGAUUCGAUUCAAAGUGUAGGUGUGAUGAUUGGCGGUGCGGUUAUAUGGAUUAAGCCCGAGUGGAAGAUUGUCGACUUGAUCUGCACCCUGAUAUUCUCAGUAAUCGUGCUCGGGACAACAAUAAGGAUGCUCCGUAACAUUCUGGAGGUAUUGAUGGAGAAUACGCCUAGAGAGAUUGAUGCGACAAGGCUCGAGAGGGGACUUUGCGAGAUGGAUGAAGUGAUUGCGGUCCAUGAAUUACACAUCUGGGCUAUAACGGUUGGAAAGGUGCUAUUAGCCUGCCACGUCAAAAUAAAGCGCGACGCCAACGCCGAUAUGGUCCUGGACAAGGUCGUAGACUACAUCAGAAGAGAGUACAAUAUAAGUCACGUCACCAUUCAAAUAGAAAGAGAGUAGAUGUCGGAAGGUGACUGAUUUAGUUUUGGUAUUGUAUAAGGAUGGUAGGGUUUGGGUCACAUUAUAGCUCCAAAUUUGGUUGGAUGUUGCUGUUUUGUCCUUUUUCUCUUAGCUGGGCCUCUGAGGCUCUUCAGGAUUAUGAUGUGAUGUACUCACCUUGUGUCUAGUUUCUUUGACUACGAUUACUAGUUCGUUAAGUAUUAAAGAGAGCUGCUCCAGUUGAGCUGGAAUGCGUCUUUGAGCUUUCCAA